AUGUUACAUCAUAUUUUUGAUUAUUGUGAUAUGAUAACGAUUCUUCUAUCAAUUCGGUCUGUCUGCAAAUAUCUUCAUACUGCUACUAAUAUUUAUAAUCGAUUGGAAUUGAAAUAUGAUCCAUUUUCAACGUUGAAAUAUCAUAUACUUCCUCGUUUUAUUAUUCAACCUGAACGUAUUGUUUCAUUGAUUAUCAUUAAUAAAAACAGUAACAAAUAUGAUGCACUUUCUUCAUUCGACAAAAUUUUCAACAUUAGACAAUUCACUCGACUUCGUUUCUUGACUCUUGAUGGUAUCGAUUGUGAAAUAGCAAAGAAUUUUUUAGCGAAAAUUUCUUCUGAGUCGUUGACUACGCUUUGGAUUUGUAUGAACGAUGCAGAAACAUCUAUUCAUAUCUUAUCAACUGCUACUCGAUUCGAUCUUCGAAAGCUCGUCCUGAAUAAAUCAAAUUUAAUAAUGAUACGCGAUAUUUCAUGGCCAAUACAAUGGAAACUAAGGCAUUUAGAAAUAGGUAUUUGUACUUCAAGUCAAUAUCAUACUAUUAUCGAACAAAAUCCUCAUUUACAAACAUUUGUAAUGGAAGAUUGUGUUGGAUAUCAUGAAGAUUCUCGUAUGAUGACAAGUAGAUCAUUUGAUCAACCAUGUGCUUCAAUAUUGAAGUCUUUAACUAUCAUGGGAUGUUCUCUCAGUUUAGAAGAACUAGAAUUGUUACUUUCAUGGACACCGACACUUAUCGAUUUGGAACUCAUUUUCCAUAGAAAUUUGUUUGAUUCUGCAUUGGAUGGCUAUUGCUUGGAACAAAUUAUCAAAAGCAAUUUACCAUUACUACGUCAAUUUACCUUUUACCUUUCAUAUAAAUAUUUCUCUCGAUCUGAUAAUCCUCCAAAUAGCAUUAAAUCGAUUAUAGUACCGUUUCGAACACCAUUUUGGCUUGAAGAAAAACGUUGGUAUGUUACCUGUGAUCACGUACUUGAAAUGCAGGUGAUCAGACUCUAUACAAUCCCAGCGAAAAUUAAACAUGAAUCUACACUUUGGUACGACAACUUAUUUGAUAAUAUGCCAUUCCAUGCAAGGCGACUAUACUUAUACUAUCGAAGACUAAACUCUGUAUUCUCAGAACAUGGAAUGAAAUAUAUGAAUAAUCUAAUCCGAUGUGAAAUAUCGUCGACAGAUGAUAUCUGCCGACUUAUUCGAACAUCAUCCAAUAAAACAAAUGAAGAUGCCAUACUAGAUCUUAGCAAGUGCAAUAUAGAUAACAAUACGGUACAAGAUCUCGCCGAUGCUUUGGAGCAGGACAAUACCUGUGUUACAUUAAAUCUGUCGAAGAAUAGUAUUCAAGAUAUUGGAGCUCAAUAUCUCGCUAAUAUGCUGGAACAUAAUACGACACUCAACUCAAUAGAUCUUAGUGACAAUAAAAUCGGUGAUUUAGGAGCUCAAUUUCUUAUUGAAUGUUUAAAACAUAAUACCACACUCAUGAAACUUAAUCUAAACGGUAAUUCAGGUCAGUCUUGCUUAGCUGUUGAAGCCAUACUCAAAAUUCGCACUGAUGGAAUACUUAUCAAAUUGAAUCUUAGUAGUAAUCAAAUCGACGCUUCUGGAGCACAAUAUCUCGCAGAAGCUUUGCAAUAUAAUCAGACAACAGUAACGAGUUUAAAUAUAUCGAACAAUUCUAUUGGACCAGAGGGUGCACAAUUUUUUGCUAAUACAUUACGAAAUGCCUACAUUCAGACACUAAAUGAACUGAUUCUGUCAAAUAAUCGAAUCGGUGAUACUGGAGUACAAUAUCUUUGUGAUGCUUUAAAAGAAAAUACAACAUUAACAAUACUUGAUCUUAGUAGUAAUCAAAUUGUAGGUCAAGGUAUAUUACAUCUAGCAGAUGCUUUAAAGAAUAAUACAACACUUACUACACUGUAUUAUCGAAACAAUCGAAUGCAAUCCAUUGACACAAAAUAUCUUGGUGAUGCUUUGAAAUGUAACAACUCACUAACAUCACUAAGCCUUCAAUGUAAUGAAAUUGGUGAUAAUGGAGCAAUGCAUCUUGCUGAUGCUUUGAAAAAUAAUAGGGUAUUAAAAAAGAUUUAUUUGGGUAGAAAUGAUAUUUCCACAAAAGUAUGGGAUGAAUUAACAUCGAUUGAUGAAAAAGAAGUGUUGAAUUAG